CCAGUGCCCCGACCCUCCCUGUCGCUGCACCCCAGCCAGGGGGUGUCCCUGGGGGACACUGUCACCCUGCGGUGCCACCUGCCCCGGCCAGCUGCACGAGUUGAUCUCUACAAGGAAGGAUAUUCGGGAUUUGAAAAGCAAGCGGACAUGGGCAUGGUACACGACGUGGCUGAGUUCCUCUUGGUCAGUGUGAAAAUGGAAGAUGCAGUGAGAUAUCAGUGCCAGUACCAGGUGUUGGAGCCACCAGGGACAUCGAAGAUGAGUGUCCCCGUGGAGCUGGUGGUGACAGAUCGCCGUUAUCCCCCACCCAGUAUUUCAAUGGGCUCUGGGAGAAACGUGAGGACAGGGACCAAUGUCACCAUCCGGUGUAGCAACAAGUACAAUGGGAUCACCGUCCUGCACAAGAAUGGGCUCUCAGCCCCUGUCCAGCACCGGAAACCUGAUGCUGGGGGCACGGCCACCUUCAUCCUCUUUGUGGUGACCCCAGCUGACAGUGGCACCUAUCGCUGCUCCUACCGCCCUGGGGGUUUCUACCUUCUGUCCUCACCCCUUGGGAAAAACGUGACACUGGAGGUAACGCCCACAACUUCAUUCCAAGGUGACAACAGAUGGUCCCAUGGGAACCUGGUGGCAGCAGUGGCUGGGAGCUGUGCUGCUUCCUUUGCCUUCAUCCUUGUCGUUGUUGUCUCUUUUCUCCUUGCUGCCCGCAGACGACGGAUACAAAGCCCUGGUGCCACCCCCAGAGGCCCUGAGGCCAUGCAGUUCCAGGUGUCCCCCGCUGACAGCCAGGCUCUGACCUAUGCCCAGCUGCAAGUUCUGACCCCCAGCACCCACCCCCUCGGCUCUUCUACCACCCCUGAGCCCCCCGUUAUCUACGCCCAGGUGGGCACUGGGGGACCCCGCUGAUGCCCCCACCUGCGGGCACAAAGACGUGGAUGUUGUGUGCACACACCAAGUGUGCACGGUGCCGGUGUGCUCUGUGUGCUCACCAUCACCUGUGAAUUACAUCCC